AUGAAGCUUCGGCUCGUCUGUCUGCUGCUCGCCUCUGCAUGUGUUCAAACUAAACCAUCUGGUCCACUGUGCUGUCCUCCAGUGUCUCUGAACAUCAGUCCAAACCUGCAGCAGUUCUUCAGUGGACAGUCUGUGUCUCUGAGCUGUCCAGGAGCUGGACAGGAGUCUGGAUGGACCAUAAGGAGGAGCAGAGGAGGGCAGACGGAGGAGUGUGGAACAGCUGCUUCAUGUUUUUGUGUGUUCAGAGAGUCCACGUGUGUCCUGGACCUCCUGGCCUCCUACACCGGACUCUACUGGUGCCAGACCGGUUCUGGACAGAGUAGCGAGCAGGUCAACCUCACCGUGACCCGUCCAGAAGACAGUGCCUUCGUCCUGGAGAUCCCUGCACUUCCUGUCCUCACAGGAAGUGACAUCACUCUGCAGUGCAGACACAGAGACGGCUCCGCCUACUCAGCUUAUUUCUUUAAGGACGGGGACAUGGUUGGGGGGUCAGCCGCGUCCCAGAACCUUCAGGAGGUCCAGCGGUCCGAUGAAGGUCUUUACUGGUGUUCCACCGACAAGUCCGGGUCGUCUCCUCAGAGCUUCCUGAGGGUCCGAGAUCCUCCUCCUCACACCUCCACCUCCUCCUCACCUCCUCCUGACAGAACAGAUCCUCUGAGCACAUCACCUCCUCCUCUUCCUCACCCCACUGCUUUUCAUCUCCUGCGCCACCUGCUGGUCGUCUGUCCGUACUGCGUCUGCACCUUCGUCCUGGUGUCCAUCUGCUGCAGCAGGACCUCAGGAAAACAACCCGCCGACUCCACGGCCACCAGCGAGGAGCGCGACGACGUCACCACCGAGCACGACUUCUGACCCACAUCACCCAUCAGAGGGCGGGGCUCACCAGGACCAGAGGUCCAACUAUUAAACCCCCCAACAUUCAGGACCUACACUUCCAUAAACCGCCUUAAAAAAACUAACAAAUUAAAUUAAGUUCUGCUCUUGAACCCUUUGGAGUAAAUUCACGGGGUUGGUCUCUUUUAAAAGCUGUAAAUCUGAAUUUUUAAACUUCUGCGGUCAUAUUUUGUGCAACUGUAACUAGUAUUUAGAUAUUUAGGUUAAAGUACACUAAAAUCAAGAUACUUUUUCUCCUUAAAUUUUCAUUUAAAUUUUUAAAAUAUUACAGAAAACAAAAGAGGUAUGGAGGGAAAAAAGAUUGGGCUAUAAUAUAGAUUCCCAACUAUUACCAGUUGAAAUUCUGUAAUAGUAGCUUCAAAAAUGAAUAUUUGAGACAUAAUACAAUCCUGCAUGUCCCAUUUCAUAAUUACAUACAUGUCCACAUACUGUAUACACUGGACACAUUUUCCACACGGUGAUUUCUAAAUGUUUCCACACAGAAACUUUACUGAGGACUCAUAUGAAAGCUAAAAACACCAAAAAUCAUAUUCAACCAAUCAAUCAUAUUUACUCACAUGAUUAAAACAUAGUAAAAAAAAUCAAUAUGUAUCCCAGCUAAAAAACAUUCAUCAAACCUCCACUAA